CAACAUGUUUCAAAGCAACUCACAGAUUUGUCAAUAUCCAGAGAGUAAAGUUAUAAAAAACAUAGUUUAUUAAUAGUCUAGUCCACAAUUGUUGAAAGGGAUGCAUUUUUCAUAGUGUAGACAAAGUGCACUAAAAACCAGCUUUACUGUAGGUGAUCAGCACAGUAGGUGAAUAGAGACUGAACCCCGACGUUAUUGCUUUCAUGGAUUCAAGUAAAUUUUAAUAACUGCAUGGAAGAAUGGAAAGGUUUAUCACGGUCAGUGUUGAUUCAUUUCAGAUAUGAAAUAUAUGGCAAUGAAAAUUAAAAGAAUAUGUCACACUUUCAAGAAUAAGGAACAUUUGAAAAAUAAUAUUUGAAAUAAAAAAUAAUAAAAAUUAAAAAAGUCAGUAAAAAAUCAUAUGCGUCAAUGGCUCAGAGCUUUAAAGUAAUUGGAUAUAAAUCUGACAGUUAAUUCAUUUAGAAUGACUUUUGAACUCUACAUCGGUAAAGGGAUAAUGUCUUAAGUAGAUUACCUCAGUGAGGUCAUGUUAUCUCUGCUGUGGCCUUGACAUAAGGUCGUGAAGGUGUAACUUGUUUAUCACGACCGGAGCAUUGCGGGACGUACUGCCAGUCACUAACGACUAUGUCAAUUAAAGAAAAACUACCGUCAUUUCUGGUUGAUAUUGAGAAGGACUUGGAUCGUACAGUGAAAUUCUGGCUGGAAAACUCUCACGAUGAGGAAUUUGGAGGGUUCUUCAUCUGCCUUGGUCCGGAUGGCCGUGUGUUUGAUGAAACCAAGUACACGUGGCUGGAGUGUCGACAGGUAUGGAUGUACGCUCGGCUCUACAAUGAAGUAGAGAAGUACAAGAGACCUGAGAUCCUACAAGCUGCAGUGAAAGGGGCAGACUUCUUGCAGCAACAUGUGAAGAACCCCGACACCAUGAAGUGCUGCCUCAGUCUGACCAGAGAUGGUCAACCAAUCAAAAUACAGCGUACUAUCUUCUCUGAGUGUUUCUAUCUGAUGGCAAUGUCUGAACUGGCUCGAGCCACUGGGGAGGCCAAAUAUAGGGAGGAAGCCAUGGCCAUGAUGGACAAGAUCUUGUUCUGGGUCCAGAAGGAUGACUCACAGCUCGGGAGGAUCCAGUUGCCUGGCAACAAACCAUACAGUAGUCUUGCCAAUCCCAUGAUGCUCUUAUGCCUCAUUGACCAGAUGGAGACAAUGGACCCGACCCUCGCUGACACAUACAAGGAUAGCGCCUCCUGGUGUCUCGGUGAGGUCAACAAACACAUACAGAGAGAGGGCAGCGUUAUCCUGGAGAAUGUGUCUGUCAGUGGAGAAGAGCUGGCAGGCAGCAAUGGCCGACUCAUGGUGCCCGGUCAUGCAAUAGAAGCUGGUUGGUUCCUCCUUCAACGGGCACUGAAAUCAGGGGACUCAACUCUCCAGAAAACAGCCAUUGACAAGUUUAUCGUCAACCCGUUCCAGACAGGCUGGGAUGAGUUGUACGGAGGGCUGUUCUACUUCCUCGAUGUCGAUGGCCUGUCUCCUACCCAGCUGGAGUGGGACAUGAAGCUAUGGUGGCCUCACAAUGAGGCUAUGAUAGCCUUCCUGAUGGCAUACAAGGCUACAAGGGAUGAGGAACAUCUGCACAAGUUUGAUAGAGUCUUCAAGUACAGUUACUCACACUUUGUUGAUCAUGGGUACGGAGACUGGUUCGGCUACCUGGACAGAAGAGGGGAGGUAAAGCAAAACUUCAAAGGAGGACCAUGGAAGGGGUUCUUCCACGUCCCCCGAUGUCAGCUAAUGUGCAUGCAGCUGUUGAAGGACAUCAUCGCCUCAGAGAUGUAGCGCUGCACAGGCACGAGCAACAGUGCCUGAAACCUGGACACCAGCACUGCUUUCUGGAUCUUUCUAACUAGACCAUUAUGUGUGCAGUAUGUAUUGUGAUAGGUAGCAAUAUAUGAAAUAUAACA